AUGGCCAAUGCCGCUGAUUUAGAUUUGGACGGGCUGAUCUCCCGCCUUCUCGUGGUUCGCGGCUCUAGACCCGGCAGAAACGUUCAGUUGACUGAGUCGGAGAUCCGCUUUUUGGCCAUCAAGUCACGGGAAAUCUUUCUUCAACAGCCUAUAUUGUUGGAGUUAGAAGCCCCAUUAAAAAUUUGCGGAGACGUUCACGGCCAGUAUUAUGAUCUGCUAAGAUUGUUUGAAUAUGGCGGCUUUCCGCCUGAAGCUAAUUAUUUGUUCCUUGGAGAUUAUGUGGAUCGCGGAAAACAAUCAAUCGAGACUAUAGCGCUUCUUCUCGCCUAUAAGAUAAAGUAUCCUGAAAACUUUUUCUUGCUUCGUGGAAAUCAUGAAUGUGCUUCAAUCAACCGCAUUUAUGGCUUCUAUGACGAGU